GUGAUAAUCGGAGCCUUGGAGAGCAGUGGAGAUAUUGUUUCAGUGUCUUGUUGUGACAACGAGAUCUUCAUCCUGAAAGGAGACAGAGACAUCAUCCGUCUCUCUAACAGCCCAGAGGGACUGGCCUCCAACUUGUCCGAGCUCUCUGUCCGCCUGUCCUCUCCUUUGGCCACACCCACCGUCCUCCCACCGAUGGGAUCAGUGGAAACAGCUCAGCCAAUCAGAACCAUGGCUAUCAUCGUAGAGGCGGGCGGGAGGGAAGAGGGAGGAGGAGGAGGAGGAGGAUGGGAGAGGCACAGCGAGGAGGGAGAGAAAGAGGACGAGGAGGAAGGAGUGGAGGAAGUGGAGGAGGCAGAGGAGCAGCUGGAGGCGGAGCAGCUCGGCCAGCGGUCCGGUUUGUUCACCACCAGCUCUCGGAGCCGCAGCAGCUCUGUCACUUCCUGGGACAGUCUCCAUGGAAACGCCCCGGUGACCACAUCCUGCGAGCUGAGCUGCAGGCGCUACAGCGCCCCCCUGGGUCAGGGGGAGAUGCUGCAGGAGCUGGUGGUGAAAGCCAUCAGAGUGAAGAAGAAGAAGAGGAGACGACAAGACAGCAGCAGUGGGAACCGUCUCUCUGAGAGCAGCUGUUCAGACUCCAUGUUUGUAGUCCAGGACAGCAGCUGUAGUGACGGAGGAAGUGGGACUCCUCUGAGUGACCAAGCCUCCCUUAUCGGUCUGGACCUUCAGAACCAGGACUCCCCAGAACCAAACCAUGACCAGGACUCACAGGAGAGUCAGGGUAUAAAGGAUGGAGAGGAGUCGUCCCCCAUCGAGUCUGGCUCCCUCCUGCCUCCAGGUUCCCUGCUCCUCCAGGGUCUGGAAGCCUCUGGUCCUGGGGCAGAGGCAGAGGUUGUCCACCGACUCCAGAUGUGGAUCUGCUUGGAGUGCACCUUUUCCUACAUGCACAACGCUGAGGAGGAGGACGGACAGGAGCAGCAGCCAAUGGAGGAGCAGGAAGACGAGUUUCUGAGCCCUCUGAUUGGACCGGAGGAGGAGGAGGAG